GUUAAUUUGAGAUGCCUGUACGCAAUCGCGUCGGACGCUUUGAAAUUAGUUCAUCGGUAGUGCUCUCCGGCCUGUCAUCAUUGUACCUUUUGAAGAGAGCUGAUUCUUGUUUAGGCAAACUUGGUUGUAAAUUAAUGGACCACGAUCAUCUUUCUUCCACGAAAACGAAUUGGCCUCGAUGAGCAAGUGAAUCUUCUUCAUCACUUGAUCGAGAACGAAUAUAGGCAUUUGGGAUCAACAACUACACCCGCACCCGUACCUUCUCCAUACGGAUUUGCCACUCUCUCACCAAGGCAGCUUCGCACUGCGACGGCCCACGACGAGAACGAAAUUCCGCCUCUACCACCACGCUUUACUCCUUCGUCACGCUGCUGCCUACGUGGUUUUGCGGUAGUGCUGGUGCAGUGUCUGCUCCGAGGGAGACAGCACAAACAUCAGGAGAGGUCGCCAAUCGGAAACAGCAGAAUACUUUUUAGUGAAGAACGACCAUCUUCGCUGAAGGAGACCCCCCUCCGACCCGAAAAUGGUGACAUACCGAGCGGCCACAAUAGACCCCACCACCAGCGCCAACGAGGAGCAGAUAAAUUACCGAACGGUCGGCAGGAAGCAUGGGGGCAACAUUGUGCACAGUGCGAAAUCAAAGGCUGAACAGGCCGCCUCAUCAGCGUCUGCGCCGGUAUAGUGAGUGAUGUUGUUCAAUCUAGCCACUUUUCUCGCAAAGAGAGAUGAAGAUUGAUAAGGUUCAUUUGGUUCAUUUUUUUCAUCACCGACAGCAGGUGCAGGCAGCAGCACCAUUCAUGCUGCCACUGGAAAUCUCAACAGUGCCACGACACUGACUUGAAGAACGUACUAUCACAAUCGCCGUAUUAUUUCAUCACAGACGCCCUCCAUCCCCUCUAAGCUGGAAACUAUCCUCUUUCGCGGCGAACGCGAGAACAAGGCGUUCGGCAGUCGUGCCCUCCGCUUCGAAUCCGAGCGAGAGGAGAACGUAGCGGGCCCCGGUGCGUACAGCAUAGGGUCCUCCAUCGGCAAAAUCCCCUCCGGCUGGGGCAAAAAGGGCACGGGCGGGUUUGCGUCCAUCACGAAGAGGUUCCACGUACGGGGGGGCGGAGGCGCCGCCCCCGGCCCCGGGGCGUACACGAUUCUGAACCACUCCGUCGAGCAGCACGUCGCGCCCAUAGCGCCGGGGAGCGCGACGCAGGCGCCGCCCUCGGCAGCUUUCGUCCCGGCACGGCAUAGCAACCCGCUGAAGAAAGAGGACGAAGUGCCGGGCCCGAAGUAUGAUGUCAGGAAGGACUUGCUGCAGAAGGCGGAUCAGGGGACAAACGCCUUCACCAGCGCGUCAGAACGGACGUUCGGGAAAGUGUCAACGUCGCAGCAGGGGCCCGCGCCCGGGACGUAUACGGUAAAGAGGUGAUGAUGAGGAAAACUUGCUAGUGUCGUCCAACAUGAGCAUUUUUGCAAUCUGGAUUCCACCUUGAUUUGCAUUGGUUCUGUUUGCUUGGUGGUAGGGCUGUAUUCCUGGUAACAAGUUAAGUACUUUUUUUGGAACUUGAGGACACACGACAGAGACACAGUAGAUCAAAUUUCCACUAGAACCUGCGUUUUACGACAUUAUCUAUCAGGUCGAAAAAAGUUUAGUCCAGCCCGAUCGGCAACACAUGAACCGUAAUUUCGCGAAUCCGACCGACCGGAAGAAAGUCAGCAUGGCUCCCUCGGUGGUGCAUAACGUGGCAACUAGUCUGAGUCAUGCAGACAGAAAAGGCGAAUUUGUUAAAAACGCCGUGCAACUAGCGGAAAAAGUGCAGCCAGAACCGGCCUCAUACUCGCUGCCCAGCACGCUGAAUACCGGGGCCAAGAAUCUAAACCCAAAUACAAAAACGGUAUAGGUACACCAGAUGAUGUUGCUGCGUCUUUUGUGUCGUGCUGCACCGGGACUGAUGAGGGUGGAGUUUUUAGUUUCAUCUGCAAUUCCCGAUAAAAUGUGCAACUACCAUCCGCUUUCGUGGCAUGACAAAACAAGCAAUUCGAAACAAAAUCAAUCAGGUUAUUGUCGAGCGCAGCGAGAUGAGCUCGAAGAAAUUUGAAAAAGUGAAGCAAGACCGCGAGGAGGCGAAACGCAAACAACCCGGCCCGGGGACCUAUGACCCGGUGUCCGCCUUGCACGCCGCGCGACCCAGCGUCGCGCGAGGAAUCAGUGCGCUGAAAGCGACGGAGGAACAGCGACCGUCAGAAGCAGUGGGGAACCGCGCACCCGGACCCGCGUACUACAAGGUGGCGCAGGGGAAACCGGGAAAGAAGAGCUUCCACUUGAACCUCAAGAGUGCCUGGGUGUCGUAAGGGGUAAGGAGAAUUAUUGCGGCGAAUAGGCGUGGUGGAGGCGGCCUGUCACUCGUUGGCAGAUAUUUCUCUACUCGCCUCCUCUCAUCCGGGGCUGCAGCAAUACCUAUUGAACCUUUUGUAGAAUUAGUGAACCCGCAACCGCAUUGUCGUGCCAUUGGCAUCGACAAAAAAGCAUGAAUCAUUUCCUUUGAGUUUCGAAAAUGUACGAGUAGGCCAAAACAAGCAAAAGCGGAU